CUCCGGUUCCAGGAGAUGCUGAUGGGCGGCGCCGCGCUGGACGCCGUCGGCGUGCCCCUCCCCGACGAGACGCUUGCGGCAGCGCGGGCCUCGGAUGCCAUCCUCCUCGGGGCGAUCGGAGGGUACAAGUGGGAUAACAACGAGAAGCAUCUCAAGCCAGAGACCGGGCUGCUCAGCAUCCGUGCCGGGCUUGGCGUCUUUGCCAAUCUGCGGCCAGCAACAGUGUUACCUCAGUUAGUAGAUGCAUCUACUUUGAAGAAGGAGGUGGCUGAAGGAGUUGACAUUAUGGUUGUCAGAGAGCUUACUGGAGGGAUUUACUUCGGCAAACCUAGGGGUUUUGGAACCAAUGACAAGGGAGAGGAAAUUGGCUUCAACACUGAAUUAUAUGCAGUUUCUGAGAUUGAUCGUAUUGCACGUGUUGCAUUUGAAGUUGCUCGGAAGAGAGGAGGGAAACUUUGCUCGGUGGACAAGGCGAAUGUGCUUGAGGCAUCUAUGCUUUGGAGGAAACGGGUAACUGCAAUAGCUUCUGAAUUCCCUGACGUCGAGCUCUCACACAUGUACGUUGAUAAUGCUGCAAUGCAGCUUGUUCGGAAUCCCAAACAGUUUGACACAAUUGUGACAAACAAUAUUUUUGGUGACAUAUUAUCCGACGAAGCAUCAAUGAUCACGGGAAGCAUUGGAAUGCUCCCAUCUGCCAGCGUUGGUGAAUCGGGACCUGGUCUAUUUGAACCUAUCCAUGGCUCUGCCCCUGACAUUGCUGGCCAGGACAAGGCAAACCCAUUAGCUACAAUUCUUAGUGCUGCGAUGCUAUUGAAAUAUGGCCUCGGAUUAGAAAGCGCUGCGAAGAGAAUUGAAGCAGCGGUAACAGCGACACUGGACAAUGGGUUCCGAACUGGGGACAUAUACUCUCCUGGAACGACACUGGUCGGAUGCAAGCGGAUGGGAGAGGAAGUCCUCAAGGCUCUAGAGUCGCAGAAGUAAACUGAUAGCCAUUGGUCGGUGCGUAUGCCUCUGAUAUGGGAUGGUGGAUUGUGCAAUUUUGAUUUUAUUGGCCUGCUCUGCCCUUGUAGUUUGGCGCAGGAAUUUAGGCAACGGAUGUGCUGUUGCUUAAUUGGACAGAUCUUGUGGUGCAACUGGACUGAAUUUUGGUCCCUGGCGAAUAAAAAUGGGGAUGGAAGCUUUCCCUUUGUCUA